CAGACUUCCUCCUCUGCGUGUUUUCAUAAACAAACCACAUUUUUCUCCCGCCGGUGCCGCAGCUCGGUCCUCCUGCUGUCAGCCUGCCAGCAUUGUGGGAUUUUAGCUCCUGAUUUUAAACCGAAUUCCCGUCAAAGGAGGCUGAAGAGCUGGGUUAUUUAUCAGAGAGAGGAGACGCGGGUAAACAGCCUGUCUGUCUGUCUUUAUUGUCCGAGCUGCCGCCAGCGCGUGGCCGACCGUUUGUACCCCGAGCAGGUCUACCGACAAAAAACUGCUUAAAUUUGGACGUUUUUUCAGCUGCCAACCCAACCCUCCCUCCGUUUAGACUUUAAACAUCUUCUUUGUUGUCAGACAUGGUGAAGCUGACUAAAGCGAAGACGUUCCAGGCCUACCUGGACUCCUGCCAUCGUCGUUACAGCUGCGUGCACUGCCGCGCCCACCUGGCCAACCAUGACGAUCUGAUCUCCAAGUCUUUCCAGGGCAGCCAGGGCCGAGCCUAUCUCUUCAACUCUGUGGUGAACAUUGGCUGCGGUCCUGCCGAGGAGAGGCUGCUGCUCACGGGACUUCACGCAGUCGCCGACAUCUACUGUGAAAACUGUCACACCACACUGGGCUGGAAAUAUGAACAAGCCUUCGAGCUGAGCCAGAAGUACAAGGAGGGGAAGUACAUCAUCGAGCUGUCCCACAUGAUAAAGGACAACGGCUGGGACUGAGCGGGGGAUGUCGUCGUCUUUCUCCAUGACUUUUUCACAAGUUGCAUCCCGCUCGUCGUCUUCAAAGGGUUCCAGUGUAGCUUCCUCAUCCCGCUCGAGAGCCAUCGCUGUGCCACACUUUCACUUCGUACGGCUUUGCCAAGAAUAGCAUGUGAUGCCUUAUAUCUUCUGUUCUUCAUGUUCUUCCAGUGAUCACAACAACAACAACACGUGUGCUGACGUUUCUAUCCCAUCUGCUAGUCGUGCUGGGACAUGGACUGAGUGAGUGUGUGAGAGACUGGGAGGUGUUGUCUCACAGACACCAGUGAGUGUGCUGGAUUUUAAAGUUUGAGUCUUUAAACCCUUAUCAGCGGCCUCUAAACAGCCUCGCUCUUCGGGGCCAGGGCCAAAGUGAGUCAAAUAAUCUGACCUUCUAAAUCAGAUAUUUGGGUUUUCCUAUGGAGUAAAAGGUGCACAUUUAGACUUAAGCUGCCCAUGCAGAGUGACGUUUUUAGGCCCGUUUCACCCGUAGAUCAUUUCUGAGUGAUUUGGAGGUUUGGGAAUGCUUAGAGCAGUGGGAGGGCUUCUUUUUUAUCAGUGAAUACAUGUUUUUUUAUAUAUUAAUAGGAACUUUUUGCUGUUUUUUGCCAAAUGCAAUCAAGAUGUUGAAUUAGCAAUGCUAAAUCCUGCAAAUGUCUUCUGCAAGAAAUCCUAAAUCUAGAGGCUGAGUGUGCCUGUGUGUGUGUGUGUGUGAGUGUGUGUGUGUUGGGGUGUGUGUGUGUGUGUGUUAUGAGUGCUGAGACGUCUUUAGCUGGAUGCUAUGUAGAUGCUUUAGUCUGGGGUUCACAUCUAGAUUUUCCUGCACAUUUUGGGGAUGUUUCCACUUUAACUGAAUGCUGAUGAGAGCUAUCCUUCAUGUGUUCGUGUACAGCCUUACACCGAGUCGCCCUUACACAAACAUUUACUCGAUCGUGUUAGAGCAAAGUGUGAUUAGGAUUAUGUAGCAUAUUUAAGGUGAUUUUUAAUGUCUGCUUCUUUCAUUAAAGUGUUUUAUUUUAACGGAAUCUUUCAUUAAAAGGCAGUGUGUCUGAAA